CUAACACAGGAUCAUCCACCGAUCGGCUCAGGCUGGCCACAGACCCGCUGUCAUGUCUAAGUUAAAGAGCUCUGAGUCCGUCAGGGUGGUGGUGCGGUGCCGGCCGAUGAAUAGCAAAGAGAAAACAGCUUCGUAUGAAAAAGUUGUUAACGUGGAUGUCAAGUUAGGGCAGGUCUCCGUGAAGAACCCACGGGGAACAUCUCAUGAACUGCCUAAAACUUUCACCUUCGAUGCUGUGUAUGACUGGAAUUCCAAACAGGUCGAACUCUACGAUGAGACCUUCCGGCCUCUCGUCGACUCUGUUCUGCAAGGGUUUAACGGGACAAUCUUUGCCUACGGGCAGACGGGGACAGGGAAGACGUACACGAUGGAAGGGGUUCGUGGGGAUCCUGAAAAAAGGGGCGUCAUCCCCAAUUCGUUCGAUCACAUCUUCACCCACAUCUCUCGAUCUCAAAACCAGCAAUACCUGGUUAGAGCAUCUUAUUUGGAAAUAUACCAAGAGGAAAUCAGAGACUUGUUAUCAAAGGAUCAGUCCAAGCGGCUGGAGUUGAAGGAAAGACCAGACACAGGCGUGUACGUUAAGGAUUUGUCCUCGUUUGUUACGAAAAGCGUCAAAGAGAUCGAGCACGUCAUGAAUGUGGGAAACCAGAACCGCUCCGUUGGUGCCACCAACAUGAACGAACACAGCUCUCGCUCUCACGCCAUCUUUGUCAUCACUAUCGAAUGCAGCGAGUUGGGGCUCGACGGAGAGAAUCACAUCCGUGUCGGGAAACUCAACCUGGUGGACCUGGCAGGCAGCGAGCGGCAAGCUAAGACUGGAGCGCAGGGGGAGAGGUUAAAGGAAGCGACUAAAAUCAAUCUCUCCCUCUCAGCUCUGGGCAACGUUAUCUCCGCCCUCGUAGACGGCAAAAGCACACACAUUCCAUACCGGGACUCAAAGCUGACACGGUUACUUCAAGACUCGUUAGGUGGCAACGCCAAAACUGUGAUGGUGGCUAACAUAGGCCCGGCCUCUUACAACGUGGAGGAGACUCUGACGACGCUGAGGUAUGCCAAUCGUGCCAAAAACAUCAAGAACAAGCCACGCGUGAAUGAGGAUCCUAAGGAUGCUCUGCUCCGAGAAUUCCAGGAAGAGAUUGCUCGGCUCAAGGCGCAGCUGGAAAAGCGGAAUAUUGGCAAAAGAAAGAGGAGGGAAAGGAGGAGAGAGGGUGGGGAGGAGGAGGAGGACACUGAAGAGGGUGAGGAGGAAGGAGAUGACAAAGACGACUAUUGGAGGGAGCAACAAGAAAAGCUGGAGAUUGAGAAGAAAGCUAUAGUUGAGGAUCACAGCUUGGUAGCAGAAGAGAAGAUGAGGCUGCUGAAAGAGAAGGAGAAGAAAAUGGAGGACCUGAGGCGAGAGAAGGAAGCAACAGAAAUGCUGAGUGCUAAAAUUAAGGCAAUGGAAAGCAAACUGCUGGUGGGAGGGAAAAAUAUCGUGGAUCACACAAAUGAACAGCAGAAAAUCCUGGAACAGAAACGACAGGAAAUUGCAGAACAGAAACGUCGGGAGCGAGAGAUCCAGCAACAGAUGGAAAGUCGGGACGAGGAAACGCUGGAGCUGAAGGAGACCUAUAGUUCUCUUCAGCAGGAGGUGGACAUAAAGACCAAAAAACUCAAAAAGUUAUUUUCCAAGCUGCAAGCUGUGAAGGCAGAGAUUCAUGAUCUCCAAGAAGAGCACAUCAAGGAGCGCCAGGAACUGGAACAGACCCAGAAUGAACUUACCAGGGAGCUAAAGCUGAAGCACCUGAUUAUUGAAAAUUUUAUUCCCUUGGAAGAAAAGAAUAAGAUCAUGAACAGAUCGUUCUUUGAUGAAGAGGAAGACCAGUGGAAACUGCAUCCCAUAACCCGUCUGGAUAACCAGCAGAUGAUGAAAAGGCCGGUAUCUGCUGUAGGAUACAAAAGGCCGCUGAGCCAACACGCCAGGACGUCCAUGAUGAUUCGCCCGGAGGCUCGGUACAGGGCAGAGAACAUCGUCUUACUGGAACUCGACAUGCCCAGCCGAACGACGAGAGACUACGAAGGCCCAGCCAUUGCUCCCAAAGUUCAGGCAGCUCUAGAAGCAGCUCUGCAGGAAGAAGAUGAGAUACAAGUGGACGCUUCAACCUUUGAGAGCACUUUGAAUAAAAAAUCAAAACCCAGGCCUAAAACUGGAAGGAAAUCAGUGGGAUCCUCUUCAGCAGGCACCCAUAGUUCUCAGCUCUACCCACAGUCCCGAGGGCUGGUUCCAAAGUAAAACCAGCAGUUCCUCUCCUGGUGCGAACAGCCUUUGCCUUCUGAGAGCAGAGACAAGUACAAACCUGCGGAGAUCCCUCCUGCCAGGCUCCAGCCCCUUUCCCCUGGAGCUGGCCUCUUUCCUGUUUAACUGACUUGUGCCAGUCCAGGUGCACUGAGCCCCAGGAAGAUCCGUGCUUGCAAUUCAGCAUUUGGCCUCUGUGGGCAACAGAUUUUAGUUAGGAAAACAGAAAUGCAUGAGGUACGUUAAAGUGUAUUAGAAGCAACGGGAAGCAUGGGGAUCACCUUGCGGCAUCACCGUCUCUCCUUCUGCACUAGCCCUUCUGCUGCACUGGGCUUUUUUGCUGUUGGGCAAUAAGAAGACAGAGUUGCAAGUCAUCUCAUCAGAACCACCGCUCCACAGUGAGAACCAAAAGAGGCUAAAAAGCAGAGGCUCUGUUCAUACUUGACUAGGUGCAUCGUUUUUCCUCUUCCUGCUUGAA